CCAGCGCGGCGGCGGCGGCGGCAGCAGCAGGAGCAGCCCCGGCUGCGGGUCGCGACGGCGGCGGGGCGCCCCCUCCCCCGUGCCGGGGCGCGGCGGAGGGAUGUGGGGCCUUGCGGGAGGGAGGCUUUUCGGCAUCUUCUCGGCCCCGGUGCUGGUGGCUGUGGUGUGCUGCGCCCAGAGUGUGAACGAUCCCGGGAACAUGUCCUUUGUGAAGGAGACGGUGGACAAGCUGUUGAAAGGCUACGACAUUCGCCUGAGACCCGACUUCGGGGGUCCCCCGGUCUGCGUGGGGAUGAACAUUGACAUCGCCAGCAUCGACAUGGUUUCCGAAGUCAACAUGGAUUAUACCUUAACCAUGUAUUUUCAACAAUAUUGGAGAGAUAAAAGGCUCGCCUAUUCUGGGAUCCCUCUCAACCUCACGCUUGACAAUCGAGUGGCUGACCAGCUAUGGGUGCCCGACACAUAUUUCUUAAAUGACAAAAAGUCAUUUGUGCAUGGAGUGACCGUGAAAAACCGCAUGAUCCGCCUUCACCCUGAUGGGACAGUGCUGUAUGGGCUCAGAAUCACCACGACAGCAGCAUGCAUGAUGGACCUCAGGAGAUACCCUCUGGACGAGCAGAACUGCACUCUGGAAAUUGAAAGCUAUGGCUACACCACGGAUGACAUUGAGUUUUACUGGCGAGGCGGGGACAAGGCUGUCACCGGAGUGGAAAGGAUUGAGCUCCCGCAGUUCUCCAUCGUGGAGCACCGUCUGGUCUCGAGGAAUGUUGUCUUCGCCACAGGUGCCUAUCCUCGACUGUCGCUGAGCUUUCGGCUGAAGAGGAACAUUGGGUACUUCAUUCUUCAGACGUACAUGCCCUCGAUACUGAUAACGAUUCUGUCGUGGGUGUCCUUCUGGAUCAAUUAUGAUGCAUCUGCCGCUAGGGUCGCCCUCGGGAUCACAACCGUGCUGACAAUGACAACCAUCAACACCCACCUUCGGGAGACCUUGCCCAAAAUCCCCUACGUCAAAGCCAUCGACAUGUACCUUAUGGGCUGCUUCGUCUUUGUGUUCCUGGCCCUUCUGGAGUACGCCUUUGUCAACUACAUCUUCUUUGGAAGAGGCCCUCAAAGGCAGAAGAAGCUUGCGGAAAAGACAGCCAAGGCAAAGAAUGACCGUUCAAAGAGCGAAAGCAACCGGGUGGAUGCUCAUGGAAAUAUUCUGUUGACAUCGCUGGAAGUUCACAAUGAAAUGAAUGAGGUCGCAGGUGGUGUUGGCGAUACCAGGAAUUCAGCAAUAUCCUUUGACAACUCAGGAAUCCAGUACAGGAAACAGAGCAUGCCUCGAGAAGGGCAUGGGCGAUUCCUGGGGGACAGAAGCCUCCCGCACAAGAAGACCCAUCUACGGAGGAGGUCUUCGCAGCUCAAAAUUAAAAUACCUGAUCUAACCGAUGUGAAUGCCAUAGACAGAUGGUCCAGGAUCGUGUUUCCAUUCACUUUUUCUCUUUUCAACUUAGUUUACUGGCUGUACUAUGUUAACUGAGUGACUGUACUUGAUUUUUCAAAGACUUCAUUUAACACUGAGUGAAAUAUUACUCUGCCUGUCAAGUUUUUAUACCUGUACACACACAGACACACACACAAGCAGACACACACAUAUAUACAUACGCAAUUGUAUAUAUAUGUGAACUUUCUCAGCAUAUAUAUAAAAUACACGUGUAUAUGAGGAUGUAUGUGUAUAUGUUUAUACACACAGGAGUCAGUGCCCAUGUGUAUGGAAGACAAAUACACAUACAUAUAUACAUUUUGCAGCUAUGGACAAUUUACCACAGGAUGCAUAUUAAAGAAAGUCAUAGUUUUUUUCUUUUGUAAUUGAAAGGGACAAGUAUCUAAAUAUUAUGCCUUGAGAAUGAGGGCGUGAAACACAAUAUCAUCCCCAAAUGUGUCUUUUAUUACCAUAAGUUAGAUGUUUUAGUUUAAAAAUCAGAAAGACAUUCUUAGUUAAUCUUUGAAAACUCAUACAGUGGUAUUGCUAGUUUAAAAUGAGUCACUCACUUCAUAUCCUCUCGUUCAGUUUAGUAAGCGAAGGCUUCUUGGCUUUUCUGGUGAUGAGGUUUGUUUUCACCGGGCAUACGUUUUCUGUAAUGGUUUAGUGGCUGGGGUGAGCCACUGGCAGUGUGCUUACCUGUUGUCUUAAACAUAGAUAGAUCCCACGUUGAUGUCUGAACGACCGUCUUUUGAAAACCCAUCGGGAGUGAAUGGCAUCUCAUUGUAAGUACUCUAAUAUACAGUGUGUAGUUUGUUUCUGUUAUUCACUUGGAGUGGAUCCAGCUUCACUGUCAUGUGCGAACACAGUGGCACAUUUUGCCAAUGACAUUUCAAUCACUGAAAAUGUGCUCUACAUCUCGUAUGGAUUUCUAGGCCUGAUAUCCAACAGAAAGCAUAGACGUCUCAGGUUAUUCGUUACUCUAAGGUAAAACCAUCUAGGAUGAUUUUCCCCCUUGCAGUUAUGUUAUCAAUCAUUCUUAUAACAUUGUAUGUUAAUAGAAAAUAUAUUUGCAUAAUAUGCAUAUAUAUGUAUAUUUACCAAGAUUUCGUUUCUUACGCUUGCUAUCACGGCAGCAUGCGAUGUCAUAGUUUCCUUUAUGUGAUGUAACUACUUUCUGUUAUCUAGAAAUUAAGAUUGAAGCUAAAACACUUCUGUUCAAUUUUGGAAACUAAGAAACAUCCUCAUGCCUUUAUUUCUGUAUCUGACAUAUUUCAUAAGCACAUCCAACUACUCCCAGACUGACGAGGAUUCUGCAGGAACAUGACCCCUACACACCACGCGUCACCCAACGACCCACGACCGUUCUCUGAGGCAAAGGAGGGCAACCUGACGGCAAACUCGGUCACUGUUGCUUCCUUCUGAUCCACAGCCUCAUCAGUAUUUGGACUUUUUAAAGCUCGUAGAAACAAGACAAGGUGCACCGGUUUCAUAGACGCAACCUUAACUUACUAUUUAGAUGAGAUCUUUCUAAAGAAAAAAAAAAAGAGAUGAUAUAUUUUUUGUAAACAAUAUUUCUAUCACAGGCAUCCAUAAACUGAAAUGACUACAGUUGUGCAAACAGGUGUCACAGUGAAGUUGAGCAUUUGGAGAAAAAAUAAAAAGCAAAUUUGCAGGAAGAACUGCUAAAUUAAUACUUUAUCCCAAAAUGCCACGUAUGCCUCACCCUCUCUGUUCUAUCCAAAACCAAGGACCGGAGUCUAGCCCAGUGCUCCGAUGGCUGGCCCCAGUUGUCUCGACAUAGGUAGGGGCACCACCUUCCCUGAGGAUGCUUGUGGUGUAGACUGUCCCCAUGAGGUGACCACUACUUGAUUUUUCUUUGGUGGCUGUAACAACCUUUAAUUUGUGGGCAUCUGCAACAGUUCAAAACCCACCAUCAGACAAAACAUAAUCCACAAAAUCUCACGCUAGAGGCGAUUACCUCCUUUAAGGCCCUUUUCCCUCCUUCAUUCCUAUCUUUUUCCUCCUAAUCACUGCUCUCUGGUUUUAUUUUCAUCUGGAGACUAGCCAGGGAUUCCUUUGGCUUUGGCUUUUCUCUGACAGUUUUUUCCAUCGGUAACAAUGGGGGAUCCUAAAAGUUAAACAGAUUGGGAAAAACCUUGUAAGUGGCCUUAUCAUUAUUAUCAUGUUAAAGAAAAAAAUACAUUUGCAAAGACCUUAUCCCUUUCAAUACUUCAGGUAUAUAUUUUUCCGUAUCCAGUAAUUAAAGGUGUGAAGUCCACAUGCAGAAGAGGGACCCCAAAAUGUACAUGGAUGUGGACAAAAACAGUCGAUGGUCUAUUUAAGUGUAUAAUUUAUACUGUUCAGAACUGUGACAUUAAUUCUUUCUGGGAGAAAAGUGAUUUAAAACUUUUUUGAUGCAUAGUUGAGGUACCCAAAUAUCACAGGCAGAGACCCCAUGAGGCUCCAAGGAGCUGCAGUCUCCUUCCCGAGGUUUUCUGGAUAUAAAUUUGCAUGGUAUAGUCAUAAUAGCUUUUGAGCUUUUUAUAUGCAUUUGGCACCAAGACUGGGAUCCACAACUUUGUAGACACCGCGAUGAAGUUAACAUAUUAGCUAUACUAUAAAUAGUGUUUGUAACUACACACACACACAAACACACACACACAAAUACAUACAUAUAUUCUGUAAAAACAACAAAAGAAAACUUUUUAAGAUCCUUGGGUAUGUGUUUGCUUUACUCCAUAUCAGAAGAAAAUUACUUUUCUUCUAACACAAUUAUUUUAUAGCUUCUCCAUUUUUAAAACUUGUGAGAACAUUGAGAAGAGAACUCUGUGUUAGCAGAAGAGAGUUGAAUUGGAGUCUCUGUUGUGUUCAAAUGACCUCUCAGUACUCCACAGUAGUUAUUUGAGCCAGUGACUGAGCCGCGUUGAGGAAUCCUGAACCCGGACCUCUGACAUUGUUGGGAGGUGGCUGCUACCCACACCCAGACCUCUUGAGUAAGGAGAGAAACAUUAUCAUUGGGGAUAUAAUGAGAUUUCUUUCUUAACAACUGAAAGUAAUAAAAAGUUAAUUUUCUAAGUA